AUGGAGCAUAACAUAGACGAUAUGAAAAGAUAUCAGCAAGAUAUGAGAAACGAUUUCAAUACAAAUAUGACAGUUUUCGCGAUGGAGUUGCAGCAGCAGAAAGAAGUUCAAGAGGAAAUGAGGAAGGAUAUCCGUUCUAUAAAUAAAACUGUCGCCAAUCUGCAAAAGUUUCGUGCUUUUGAUAUUUGGGUAAAUUCUUUGGACGUAGACGUCUACUAG